AUGGGUGACCAAGACACGGCGACGACGCCGCCGUCGGGCUCCGUGUCUUCUGGCGCGCCACCCCCCCGAGAAAUGACAAACGACCCGGCCCGCACCGGUUUCGACCCCCAGACAAAGUGGUGGAUGAACUACUUCCGCAUCCUGUCCGGCCAGAUGACGCCCGAGGGCCAGUUCCACUAUCGGGAGUGGCGCUACAAGGUGCACGAGGAGCGCGACUGCAAGCGCUGCGACGAGUACCGCGACUGGCUCAUGACGUACUCGCCCGUCGUCCGCUUCCUAUCGGAGAAGGUGUCCGACCUCAACGGCCGCCUCGACUCGUCCAAUGUCGUCUGCCGCCGCUGCCCGGCCCGCCUCGACGAGAACGGCGAGGUCCACAGACAGUCGGGCGGCUUCAGCCCGGACCACGGCAUCCUGCUCUGCGCUAACGAGGUGCGCGACCGGAAGCACCUCGAGGACACCUUGGCUCACGAGAUGGUCCACGCCUGGGACCAUCUGCGUUGGAAGGUCGAUUGGAUGGGCGACAAGGAUCUCAAGCACGCCGCCUGCACAGAGAUCCGUGCUUCCAUGCUCAGCGGAGAGUGCCGCUGGACAAGGGAAGCGUUCACAAGGGGCAACUGGUCUCUGACGCAGCAGUUCCAGCACUGCGUCCGCAAGAGGGCCAUCCAGUCCGUCAUGGCCCGUCCCCGGUGCAAGGACCAGGAACAAGCCUCAAAGGUUGUCAACCAGGUCUGGGAUUCCUGCUUUGCCGACACGCGACCCUUUGACGAAGUGUAUAGGUGA